AUGGAAAUAUUGCCCCACACGACAUACAUGACUUCGUUAUUUCAUACAUACCCUUAUUUUCAUUCUCCCACCAAAAUCGCAAAAUCUCGACCAGCUUUCAAGGCAUCAGUUCUUGGAAACAAUGAAGAGGUGCAUGCAAUAAGAAUAACCCCAAAAUUACAUAACCAACAAGAAAUUCCUACCAUCGUGGAAUCCAAAAGAUCUUUGCAAGUUAUUCGGGCUCUAGUUGAUUCAAGAAAACCAUCAUCAGAGCUAUCGUUACUCGAAAAGAUAUUUAAAACAAUUAAUAGCUACAUCAUCAAAUUCCUCGAUAGUCCUCUUCAUCUAUCAGUCGACCCGAGUUACAUACUAUCAGACAAUUUUGCACCAGUUGAUGAGCUGAGCCCCACCAAAUGCGAGGUCAUACAUGGCUUCAUUCCUCCUUGCCUCGAUGGUGUCUACAUUCGUAACGGACCUAACCCGCAGUUCAUCUCCGGUGGUCCACAGCACUAUCUUGACGGGGAUGGGAUGAUGCACUGCAUUAGGAUCUCCGAUGGUCAACCCAGUUUCUGCAGCCGAUACGUGAAGACCAACAAGUAUAUCCUUGAGCACCAAGCUAGAUCCAAUCUGGUCCCAAAUGUUAUUGGAGGUUUUGGUGUAGCAAAUACCAGUUUAGCGUUUUUUGGGGGUAACUUGUAUGCGUUAUGUGAGUCCGAUCUACCCUAUGCAAUCAAAGUUGAAGAAGAUGGCGAUAUAACAACCUUAGGUCGCCAUGAUUUUCAUGGUAAGCUUUCCAUGAACAUGACGGCUCACCCAAAGACUGAUCCAGAGACUAAAGAGACUUUCGCAUUUCGUUAUUGGGCAACACGUCCAUAUCUGACUUACUUUCGCAUUGAUGCAUGCGGAAAUAAGCAACCUGAAGUCCCCAUCUUUUCCAUGAAACACCCAUCUUUAACUCAUGACUUGGCUAUCACCCAAAAGUAUGCAGUCAUCUUUGAUAUUCAACUUGGAGCAGAUCCUAUGAACUUGAUACGUGGACGUCGGCUACUAAGUGUAGACCCAAAAAAGGUUUCAAGAAUCGGUAUUCUUCAGCGAUAUGCAAAGGAUGAAUCCGACAUGAUGUGGUUUGAGGUGCCAGGAUUGAAUAUAUUUCAUGUAGUAAAUGCAUGGGAUGAGAGGGAUAAAGAUGGCCAAGAUGUGGUGGUGUUGGUGGCACCAAAUAUGUUGUCGGUGGAACAUUUCUUUGAACGAAUGGAUCUGAUGCGAGCAUCCAUGGAGAAAGUAACGAUUAACUUGGGUACAGGGGUUGUUUCAAGGCACAUUAUGGCGACUGAUAACGUGGAGUGUCCUGUAAUCAAUCCAGCCUAUAUUGCAAAGAGAAACAAGUAUGUCUAUGCAGCAAUUUUUGAGAAAACACCAAUAAGUUCGAGGAUGAUUCGGACAAUAGGGGUGGCAAAGCUUGACAUUUUCGCAUCAGAAGACAAAAGUGAUCAACAUAAGCACACUGUGGCAAGUCGGAUAUAUGGAAAUAACUGCUUCGGAGGCGAACCAUUUUUCAUUGCAAGAGACUCGGAGAAUCCCAACUCAGAAGAGGAUGAUGGAUAUGUGGUGUCUUAUGUGCAUGAUGAAAACUCGGGUGAGUCAAGGUUCUUGGUAAUGGAUGCCCGGUCACCCACUCUAGAGGUUGUGGCGGCAGUGAAACUACCUCGACAAGUGCCGUACGGCUUACAUGGGAUAUUCAUUAAAGAAAAGGAUCUCAUCAAUGACGAAGUGACAACUUGACUUUAUAUGUUAUGGUAUGUGGUUGGAUCAAUAGUUUUCAUAUAGAUCUUAGGAGAAGUCGUAACAUUCCAAAAUGCAACCAAUAAAACAGCAACUUGUGCUCGUUUUACUUUUGUUGUUAUGUAGGAGAAAAUUAAUUAUAUUCACGAAGAAAACUCUGUAACAUGAAAUAUAAUUAUGCAGUCACUUUUAUUAUAUAAUCCACCAUUCCCAUUUAUAUGUGAGUAACUGUAAUUAACUAUUAUAA